GGCGCAGAAUUGCUCGUCUUCGUGGUGGGAGCCGCAGCCCGUAGCUUCAGUCUGGGCAUCGGGAGACAGCGGUAUCAGCGCCAUGAAUGAGGCAGAGGGGCUGCGGCAGCGCCGGCCCAUGCGGCCUCAGGUCAUCACUGAGGACAACCAGGCACAGGAGGCCAAGCAGGGCAGUGCUUAUAGCAAUAGAGUUUUCCAGAUGACCUUUAUGAUGCUAGCAGUAUCCCUUACCAUUCCCUUGCUUGGAGCAAUAACUCUGUUGAAUUGCCCUAUUGAUCCUCAACCUCUUAGUUUCAAAGAACCUCCCUUCCUACUUGGAGUUCUGCGACCAAAUGUGAAGUUGCAGCAGGCAAAAAAGUUAUUUGAAAACCAGCUUAUUGGUCCAGAGUCCAUAGCAAAUAUUGGUGAUGUUUUGUUUACUGGCACUGCUGAUGGUCGGAUUGUAAAACUUGAAAAUGGAGAAGUGAUCACAAUUGCCAGACUUGGUAAAGGCCCUUGCAAAACAAGAGAAGAUGAGCCUGUCUGUGGGAGACCUCUUGGAAUACGAGUUGGGCCUAAUGGUACUCUUUUUGUGGCAGAUGCUUACCAGGGAUUAUUUGAAGUGGAUCCUAGUACAGGUAGAGUAAAACAGCUUUUGUCUUCCCAAACACCAGUUGAGGGAAAGAAAAUGUCAUUUGUGAAUGAUCUGACAAUUACUCAGGAUGGGAGAAAAAUUUAUUUUACGGAUUCUAGCAGUAAAUGGCAAAGACGAGAUUAUCUACUCUUGGUUAUGGAGGGUACAGAUGAUGGACGAUUGUUAGAAUAUGAUACUGUAACUAGAGAAGUAAAGGUUUUAAUGGAAGGAUUAAGGUUCCCCAAUGGAGUCCAGCUGUCUCCUGCUGAAGAUUUUGUUUUGGUGGCAGAAACUACUAUGGCAAGAAUAAGAAGAUUCUAUGUGUCUGGGCUUAUGAAGGGUGGGGCAGACAUAUUUGUAGAAAACAUGCCUGGUUUUCCAGAUAACAUUCGACCAAGUAGCUCUGGAGGAUACUGGGUUGCCAUGUCAACUGUUCGGCACAAUCCUGGGUUUUCUAUGUUGGAUUUCUUAUCAGAAAAACCAUGGAUUAAAAGAUUAAUUUUUAAGCUGUUAAGUCCAGAAACUGUGUCGAAGUUUGUACCUCGAUAUAGCCUUGUCUUGGAACUUGGGGACAGUGGAACCUACCAGAGAAGCUUACAUGAUCCCACUGGACAGGUUGUCAGCUACAUCAGUGAAGUGCAUGAACAUGAUGGACAUCUUUACUUGGGCUCCUUCAGAUCUCCUUUUCUUUGUAUACUUAACACUGAUCUCCUCUAAGAAUUGUUCUGCUUGAGUAUUUUAGUGGUCUAAAUACCCAAGGUGUUCCUUUACCCACAGUCAUGGAAAUACAUCUACCAAUAUUCAAUAUCAUCCCUUUACAGUGUAGCAGGGGGAUACCAUAGUACUCUUGCUCAUAUGUUAGUUCUCUAUGGUAGGAUCCUUUCAUUUUGGUUGACUUUUAAAGGGGAGCGCCCAAGAUGAUGACUUUGGGAAUUUAGGUAACAGAAUUCUAACACCCAAGAAUAUUUGCUUGUAUAACAGCUCUCUAUGGAAGUUUGAAAACUUUUAUAAACUUAAAAAGUUUGAGGAACUUGUUUCUGCUACUAAAUCUGUUUUUCCAUCCUUAGCUUUGUUACCCAUGAAAUAGGAUUAAUAUCUACUGUAUUGGUAGGGAAAACUUUGAGCAGAAAGAAGCUAUGGAAAUUAAGUAAGAGUUACAUUCUAAAGAUUUGUGCUAGAUAGACCACUGAUAGGAGCAUUC